AUGGGGCGACCUUCCGCGGCGGAGGAGCUGGCCAGCGGGGCGUUCCCGCGGCUGCCCGCCUGGGUCUACCUUUCGGCCCUGGCGAUACUGGUGGUGCUGCUGAUGUGCGCCCACGCCCAGCCAGAGCCGACAGGCGUCUCCGAGGGCGCGGCAUUCAUGUCAGGCAGCAACGCGCCCAGCGAGUCUGCCGCAGGCCUCGCCGCCGGUCUGGAGGAGAACCUGUCCGAGGCCGUGGUGGCGCCCUUCUGGUCCGUGGGCCCGUGGGCUCUGAGUGAGCUCGGCGGGCUGAGCAACAGCGUGCAGUCGAUCGAUUUGGUCGAGUUGGAAAGCCGUGCAGAGUUCUUGGGCUUCCCGCCUCAGCUUUAUCGAGUCAGCGCUGCGGCCUACAGAGGAAUGCGGUCUUCGAAGGCCCUUCUCAUCCUGCACGGCGACCCCUCGUGGUUCGGAGCAGUAGCACCAGCUGUCAGAUACGCCAAGGAGGUGUACGCCACUCACCUUAGGUCGGGCGUGUGUUUCGACAUCGUGGCAGGCCCCCUGAAGUCAAAGAAGUUCUCUUACUUCGAGAAGGGCUGCAUCAAGUCACUCACGUGCGGCGCUCUCGGGACGAGAGACCGUGCAAUCGAGCCAGGCUACCAGCUGCCUUCGCUUCAGUGUCCGCUCUGUAAUCAGUUCCCAGAUGGACUUCAGGAGGUAUUCAAGUUCAACUCCACGAAGCUGAGCUCCCAGGGGACCCAGGUCAAGGCCGAGGAGACCAAUGUCUACCUCUGCACCUACAGCUACGAAGCUAUGUUACCCCAUGAAUUCCAAAAUUCACAGUGCAGGGCCGAGGAGACCAUCGUCUACCCCUGCACCUACAAAUACCAAGCGGGCGACUUGGAGCCCCAGAGCCCGGCGCUGCGGGAGGCCAUCGACGCUUGGGGCCGCGCGGCGCGCGGCGCGGCGCCGUGCCCUUGGGAGCACGUCGUCUGGAACCGCACCUCGAUCCGAAAGUUCUUUACCGAGGCCUCGGAGCCCGCGCUGCGCGACGGCUUCGAGCGGAUGGCCGCGUGGCCCGAGAGGCAGAAGGACUUCUUCAUGUACGUGGUGCUCAGCCGCCUCGGCGGCAUCUUCGUGGACGCCGACGUGGUGCCUCUCCAGCCGCCCACGGGCUGGCUCGCCUCCGCCCGCGAGCUGUCCGACACCGCCGCCGCAGGGGUCCGCCUCGUCGUGGGGGUGGAGGCCUACGGCUCCGACGAGGAGGCCGCGGGCUUCCGCUGGGCGGGCCGCCUGCAGUUGACCGCAUGGGCGCUGGCGUCGGCGCCGAGGCACCCCGUGAUGUUGCGGGCAGUGGAGGAGUACCUGCGCCUCCACCGCGGCGCGACUGGGGCGUGGAGCACAGAGUACGGCGCGAGCAUCGCCAUGGGGCCAGGGUUGCUGACCUCAGGCGUGGACCGGUGGCUCCAAGACUCGCGGUUCGUCGGGGGGCUGGAGCAGUUGGGGAGCGUCAGCGGUGGUGCCCAGGCGAGCGUGGCCGGGGACACGCUGGUGUUCGGCAUCGAUGGCUUCGGCUGCGGCCAGCCGCACAGCCGUAGCCGGAGAUGCAACGAGACCAGCCAGGCGGCCUUCCCCCUCGACUUCGGCCAGGGAGAGCGCAGGGGCUUAUCAGAGACCGGCCCGGCGCUCACGGGACAGGACCGCGAGGAGGUCGCGACGCCGCGCUUGACUUCUCCAAGCGAGGGAGGCCACGCUACCCCUGGCGCCUUCGCCCUCUUCCUCGUUUGGCCGCUGCUGCUAGAGACGCGCCAAGACAGGCAGAAGACCGCCCGAGCCUGCCACGCGAGCACUGGUCCGCCUGCCGUCGGCACAGUCGCUAGUGCAGCCAACGCCGAGAUUGAAGCUGGGACCCCGUCGCGCGAUUGCAGCUACGCGCCGCUGGCCCGGGCGGACGCCGAGGUGGGCUGCGGCUCCGGCCAGAAGCACCGCAACAUCACCUGCGUCAACGGUGAGUGGGAGGAUUGCGAAGGCAUCGAGCCCCAUCCGGCCUUGAACGAGACGUGCAGAGAGUACAGUGGUUGCCAGUGGAUUGCUGGCGACUGGGGCCCUUGCGACGCGGAGUGCGGAGAGGGCAACAUGCACCGCGAGGUGCUUUGCACGAAUAGCCAGAUCCAGGACUGCUUCAAGGUUCUCUUCACGGUGCCGCCAGAGACGCGAAGGUGCACCGAUACCAGCAAGUGCACCUGGCACGUCGACGAGUGGGGCCCAUGCGACAACAGCUGCGGAGAGGGAGAACAGCGUCGCAACGUGACCUGCGCCAACGGCGCGGACGAGUUCUGCGACCAGAGGUCCCCGCGACCAAACGAGACGCGGAGGUGUGCGGACUUCGAGGGCUGCGCGUGGAAAGCGAGUGGGUGGUCCGCAUGUUCCAACACUUGUGGCAGCGGCACUCGCACGAGGGAAGUCAAGUGCGUGGGCAAGAGCGCCGAGGAGUGCCACGAGAGCUCCGGGGCCGCGCCCGCCGGGGAGGAGCCGUGCCGCGACACGUCCGGCUGCAGGUGGGCCGCCAGCGAGUGGUCCGAGUGCUCGAGCCAGUGCGGCCACGGCGAGCAGACGCGAGACGUGGCUUGUGACAACGGGCUCGAAGAGGACUGCAUGGCCAGCGCGGCUCCGAGGCCGAACCACACGAGGCGGUGCUCGGAGAAGUCCGGCUGCAUCUGGACGUCGGGCUGGUCGGAGUGCUCGCAGACCUGCGGGACGGGGCUGCGGACGCGCGGGGUAUCCUGCGCCAACGGGGCGCCCGACGGCUGCAGGGACUCGCCCAAGAAGGCCACAGCGUUCAAUGAGUCGUGCCACAGCGUUAGCGGCUGCAGAUGGACUACUGGUGCGUGGGGCGUAUGCUCCAACGAUUGCGGCGACGGCGAGCAGUCGCGCGAGGUGUGGUGCGGCAGCGGCAGGGAGGAAGACUGCGCCGAGAACGGGGCGGCGCCGCCGCGCCGCAGGCGGGCGUGCCGCGGGAGCGAAGGGUGCAGAGCCGCCCUGGCCUCUGCGGCGGACGCCUGCACGGCCGCGGACCCGGUGCUGGUGCUCGGCGGCGUGCUCAACGCCCUCGUGGGCUGGCUGCUGGGGUUCGCAGGCGUGUGUGAGCUGUGGCGCUACGGGCUGCUGCCGACCCGGCUUACGGGCAAGUCUCUGCUGUCGCCCACGGCCGUGUGGCUCUCGGGCGUGGUUGCGCUGCUGUCCGCGCUUGUGCUCCAGCACAGGAUCGACGGCACCGAUUACGCGCAGCAGGCCUCACUGUCCGGCAGCCUCUUCGCCGUGGGGCUCGUCGGCGCGGCCCUGUGGGUCGCGUCCCUCUGCGGCAGGGGUGCGCGGUGCCUGGGCGGGCAGACCUGGAAGGCCCAGGUGGCCUGGCUGGCCGCCAGCGCCGUGCUGCUGGCCUCGUGCGUGCUGGUGAUCCUCUGCGCCGCGCGCGCGGGCGCGGGGGGCUCCAGCGACCCUGUGGCGGGCACCAGGCAGCUCAGAGGAGGGCCGCCCGCGUAG